AUGAAUCAAGAUGAUAACGAUAAUCACGAUUUACCAUAUGAACUCUCAUAUCGGCUAGAUGUUUUUGACGACGUCUAUUAUGCUCAAGAGGAAAACCAAAAGGCUGCAAAACAAGAAUUAAAAGAGGCAAAAAAAACUAAAAAUAAACAACUAAUUGAAGAAAAAAAAAUACAAUACGAGAACGAACUGGAAAAAAGUCGUAUUGCUGCUGCAGCUGUAAAUGAUCGAGUGGAUGAAGAAUAUGAAUGGAGAAAACAAAAUGGUGAAGUAUUUUCAAGUACUGAUGAAGAAAAUGAAGCAAGCAAUGAUAAAGAAAAUGAAAAAACAAUAUCCAAUGAUUUGUUUGAUGUUGGUAAAUUACUUAAAAAUGAUGCAAUUAGUAAAAAAAUGAAAUCAAGUUCAAAUACUGAUGGUGAAAAACAAGAUGGAAAAAGAACAGCUGACCAUUUAUCUAAUGUUGAUAAAUCACUUGAAACUGAUACAAUUAGUAAAAAAAUGAAAUCAAGUUCAAAUGGUGAUGACGAUAAAGAAAAUGUGAAAAUAACAGAUGAUCAUUUAUCUAAUGUUGAUAAAUCACUUGAAAAUGAUACAAUUAGUAAAAAAAUGAAAUCAAUCUCAAAUGGUGAUGAUGAUCUUCAUGAUCCUAAUAAAGAACGAAAAAAAGAUAAGAAGACAAAAGAAGAAGAAGAAAUACGAACAGUUAAAUCUAAUAUUAUGUCGUUAUCAAGUACAGCAUCAAAUGUAAGUUAA